UUCUACAGAAAGAAGACGAUUUCUUCUGAUGCUACACUGUGACACACGAGGAUUGUUGUUGACAGUUUUAUAAACUGUACAUGUGAAUCAGAGAAAGUAAACCAGCAAUAGCCAUGGCAGCUAAGGAAGUGAAUGGCCAGCUGAAUGGCUGCGAUUCUGGUACAGAUUCAUCAACAUUUGACAUCACAAGUACAGACUCUGAUCCAUGCACAGCAACAGUUACCAGUGUGACAUCGCAGAGCGAUAGCCAAUCACAGCUUGAGGAUUUAAAUACAAUUUGUCAAGUAAAUGGAUGUAGCAAAAUUAAAGAUGAUAUGGACCAAGAUUCGCUUUCAUUGGAUUUAUCAAAGAGUGAUUCCCAAGAUUUGGACUUGAGUAUAUCAAGUUUAGAUAAAGAAAAUAUUAAAGAUGAUACUUUGACAAACACAAAGACUUCAGCAAUGCCUUCCAGAAUUUGAUAAACCUGAUUGGUAUUUGCAGCCAUGUUUUCGUACCUAUUGGAAACAUUACUAUCACUGUAUGGCUUGGUUCAACAGACAUAACAGUGUCACAAAAAACUUAACCCAACCUCACAGCACAAGGGGUUAUCAUCUUGGAGGGCACCUCCCUGUGAGUAGCAUGCCUUGGGCAGGGGCUGCACCCUCCUACAAAUGGCCAAAUUCUGGCUUCACUCCCCGAGAAAAUCCAUACCACAUAGGAGCAAGGCAUAGAGGUAAGAAUAGACGAAGAGGAAGUGGGAGAGGGCGGGGCAAUAGGAGUCUUCAACACCAUGGCUGUGUAAGAAAUACCAAUAGUGGACAAGUCUCAACGGAGGACAAAGGUUCGACAAGUCAGGAAAAAAAACAGGCAUCAGACAGUGAAAGUGAAGUGUUUGAAAUGGAAAUUACGGAUGACAUGGUGGAAUUUUUUGCAAAAUCUGAACAACACAAGAAGGAAAGAGAUGCACAGAAAACCCAUAAAGAACAAGAAGAAAACAGACUUGAUUUGGAAGGAGCCAAAGCUACAAAGCGAGCCCCAACAACUGCUGCACCACAUGAGCGACCUGGUGUAAGACGGACACAGGAGAUGCUUGUGUUGUAUGGAAAGGGAGCAGCAAUGGUACACGGUAUGGAGACAGCCAUGCAAAUGUCCUACGACCGCAACAUGGACAUACUACAGCCAAAAUACUGGCCAAAUAUGCCUCUAAAGAUCACUUUUAGUUGACACAAGUGUCUGUAAACAUCCUAUUACUUUUGUCACUAAGUUUUACAAAGUUCAGGAAAUGAAAUGGAUCUCUUAUGACAGAAAUAAUGUACCAGUUUAUACAUGUACAUACUAUGAUCAGGAUGAAAUACACCCAUACUUAUUUUUUGUCGAGGAGAUAAAAAGGAAAUGAGAUUUAAAUUUACAUCCUCAAUUCAAUAUAAAUAAAAAAAUUAUAUAAAAAAAA